GUUUUUUCUCAGCCGCACUUACUGAGUUACAGAGCAGGAGGGGCGCGGGACUAGCUGUCUGCAGCGGCUGUACACAUAUUUAUCUGCUCAGCUGGAGAGUGUGUGUCUCUAAUACUGCCGUCAAUUCAGGGAAGCCAAGUGAAUUGAUCUGACUAACCAACAUGUGGGCUGCACGCACACAAAAUGAGCAGGCUCGCCCUGCUCAAGGGGCUAACUGCUGAGCAUGCUGGGUGAAGCUCUGCCCACUUCCAGUAGCCUCAACCUAGUGAAGUCAGAGGUGUCUGACACCACAGCGGCCCCGGACACACACGACGGUAUCACGAUGGCCGACCUUGUGGAGAGCCUGGAUACCAGAGAGCUGGACAUGGGAGAGGGAGAGGAGAACGAUUACGAUGGAAGCUACUUAGGGGACUGUCGUAUCCCAUUUUCAGCGGUGUAUGCCACCGUGGGCUUUAAGGAGGCCAACGCUAAGGUCUACCUUCCCACUGUGCCCAUUACUGCCCGUAUACUGGAGGUGGAGAGAUUCACCACCGCGCAAGACCGCUUCAACCUGUCGCACCAAAGGAGUGUCAACAAGUCUCUGCCGGCAGUGUUUAAGAUUGAGCUGAAGCACGGUGAGUUUACCUGGGUGGUCAAGAGGAAGGAGAAACAUUUCAUGGAGCUGCACAGAGAGCUGAGGACAUACAAGACCUUCAUGAGGAUACCGCUGCCAUCACGCAGCCACACAGUGAGGAGAAGGACAGUGAGGAAGAGUGAGGUGAGGGAGAUGCCCUCCCUGCCGAGGGGAGGAGGAGACGAGCUGGUGCGAGAUGAGCAGGUCUCCAGCAGGAGGAGACAAUUAGAAGACUAUAUGAACAAUCUGCUGAAGAUGUCCAUGUACCGCAAAUAUCACCAUACUAUGGAGUUCAUUGACAUCAGCCAGCUGUCUUUCAUUCAUGACUUGGGGCCCAAAGGACUGGAAGGGAUGAUCUAUAAGCGCUCAGGCGGACAUCGUAUCCCUGGGAUGAACUGCUGUGGUCAAAGCCAGGCCUGCUACCGCUGGUCUAAACGCUGGCUGGUGGUGAAGGACUCCUGCCUGCUGUACAUAAAGCCAGACUCAGGGGCCAUCUCCUUUGUUCUGCUGGUGGAUAAAGAUUUCAGCAUCAAGAUGGACUCCAAAGACACAGAGACCAAACACGGAGUCCGGGUUGACAGCCUCUCCAGGACCCUGGUGUUUAAGUGCAGCAGCUACAGACACGCUCGCUGGUGGGGUCAGAGCAUCGAGAGCUUCGUGAGGAAUCACGGGAAGGCUUUCCUCCGAGAUCACCGCUGUGGAUCAUUUGCACAGGAGCAGGAAAACAUCCCUGCCAAAUGGUACGUAAAUGGAAAGACUUACAUGGAGGAUGUGGCUGAUGCUUUGGAGGAGGCCAAAGAGGAAAUCUUUAUCACUGACUGGUGGCUGAGUCCAGAGAUCUUCUUGAAGAGACCUGUAGUGGAGGGAAACAGGUGGAGGCUAGACUGUACCCUCAAACGCAAAGCUCAACAGGGAGUGCGCGUCUUUGUGAUGUUAUAUAAGGAGGUGGAGCUCGCCCUGGGCAUCAACUCGGGCUACAGCAAGAGGACCCUCUUGCACCUGCACCCCAACAUCAAGGUGAUGCGUCAUCCAGACCAUGUUUCCUCCUCAGUCUAUCUGUGGGCGCAUCACGAGAAGCUCGUUGUCAUUGACCAAUCAGUGGCCUUCGUGGGCGGGAUCGACCUGGCAUACGGUCGCUGGGACGACCGAGAGCACCGGCUGACGGAUGUCGGCAGUGUGACACGCUCUGUGGCCCUGGAGCAGGCUGGCUCCGCUAACACUCCGUCCAGUAAGGGUGUGUCCUCUGUUGAUGCCGUCUCUAAGAGCAAUGGACGAGGGACGCUGCCCAGUGAGCCCGUGGACUUGCCCAAGCUGAAGGGGAUUGGGCGCAGUAGGAAGGCUCGCUUCAGUCUGUACAGACACCUGCACAAACACACUCUGCAGCACGCAGACAGUGUCAGCAGCGUCGACAGCGCAGGGAGUGGUUCAGUGCAAAGCCUAAAGACAGGUGUUGGAGAGUUGCAGGGAAACACGCGCUUCUGGCAUGGAAAAGACUACUGCAACUUUGUCUACAAGGACUGGAUCCAGUUGGAGAAACCUUUUGAUGACUUCAUCGACAGGUACACCACUCCCAGAAUGCCUUGGCAUGACAUUGCCUCAGUGGUUCAUGGCAGAGCUGCGCGGGAUGUGGCCAGGCACUUUAUUCAGCGCUGGAACUUCACUAAGAUCAUGAAGCCAAAGUAUCGCUCUCUGUCUUAUCCAUUCCUGCUGCCCAAGUCUCACUCCACUGCCAAUGAACUCCGAUACCAAGUCCCUAACUGUGUCAAUGCCAAAGUGCAGGUGUUACGGUCCGCAGCAGAUUGGUCGGCAGGCAUAAAGUACCACGAGGAGUCCAUCCACGCUGCCUACAUCCAGGUCAUCGCUAAGAGCAAACACUACAUCUACAUAGAGAACCAGUUCUUCAUCAGUUGUGCCGACAACAAGACGGUGUACAACAGGAUCGGAGACGCCAUCAUUGAAAGGAUCAUCAGAGCGCACAAGGAGGGUAAGAAGUACCGUGUGUAUGUGGUCACCCCCCUGCUUCCUGGCUUUGAGGGGGACAUCACCACAGGAGGAGGGAACGCCAUUCAGGCUGUGAUGCACUUCAACUACAGAACCAUGAUCAGAGGAGAAUACUCAAUCAUCUCCCAGCUGAAAAAGGAGAUGGAUGACCAUUGGAUGAACUACAUCUCCUUUGCUGGCCUGCGAACUCACGCUGAGCUGGAGGGACGCCUGGUCACAGAGCUCAUCUACGUGCACAGCAAGAUGCUCAUUGCUGACGACAACACAGUCAUCAUCGGUUCUGCUAACAUCAACGACAGAAGCAUGCUGGGUAAACGUGACAGCGAAGUGGCUGUGAUUGUUGAAGACUCCGAAAAGGUGGCUUCGAUGAUGGAUGGACAGGAGUAUGAAGCUGGACCCUAUGCACUUCAGCUUCGCCUUGAAUGCUUCAGGACUAUACUUGGAGGUCACACUGACACCAGUAUUGACCUGUCUGACCCCAUCAGUGAGCGCUUCUAUAAGGAGGUGUGGAUGACCACAGCUGGCCGCAACGCCACCAUUUAUGAGAAGGUAUUUCGUUGCCUUCCUUCAUCCCUGGUGAGGAACAUGUCCGAGCUGGAGCAGUACCAGUCCAAACCGGGUUUGGCCCAGACCGACCUGGGCCGCGCUCAGGAGGAGCUGCGCAAAAUCCGAGGCUUCCUGGUCCAGUUUCCUCUGGACUUCCUGUCUGAGGAGAACCUCAUGCCCUCUGUUGGAACGAAGGAGUCCAUGGUCCCGACUGAGAUCUGGACAUAAAAGGAUGUGCCACUACUGCCAGCCACUGGAACAUUGGAUUUCAAUUAUUUCUUGAGCAUCUUCGAGGGAAGUAUCUGUAUUGUGGUUGUCAUCAAAUGUGAAAUAUUGGAUUAUUGGAGAGGUCGCCUUUUAAUCCAGAGAUGAGAGUCUCCUCUGGAUUGAUAUGACUGCUGGGCAUUGACAAAUCUCUCAAAUCUGUUUCUACUGAAAAACACUAAACCGUAGUUACAGCUUAUUUGGGUAAGCAUUAACAUUUUUGGGAUGUAUGAAGAACAAAAAGAUAUCACACUUGAGGACAACAUUUAUGACUGCAUUCAGGCUGUGGAGAUGAAAAACAGACACAUGAACUUUGGGUUUUGGGAAUCAACUCAACUCUGCACUACUAGACCUUUUGGACUGUUAUAAAAGCUCACAAGACAGCGAGGAUUUCUGAGAAACCAGGGUGAGGCAGUAGUAAAGUCUUUGACAAUGACACUAAUAAAUAGUUGCUUCAUUGUUUAAAAUGGUCAGAACCAAAACAGAGAUAGUGAUGCAUGUGAUUUACUGAGUUUGUGGUGUAUGCUCAGAAGGUGCAUUAGUGCUGUUUACGCUGUUUAUGAGCUCACAGAGGACUCGUUGAGCUGCUUCAAAUGAGUUUAAAAACUAGUUAUCCCAGGUGUCAAGACGUUGAUUUAUAUAAUGCUGAGAAAGUGACUCAUACAUUACUUUAAAUACUGUAGAUCUCUUCUUUAGAAAAACUGCCUCCUAGUUAUGAUCGUCAGUUGACAUGUCUUUGGCAAGCAGUUUUACAAUGUGUCACACCAUUUUCUCAGGUGCCAAAUUAUACUCAGAAAUGAAAACAUUUUGUUGCAUACUUUCAAUACCUGCAGAUGAUGUAAAGGAUUGUUAACAUAUAUAGCCUAUUCCUUUUUGUGUUUUAUACAAGCCAUGUAUUCAUUGCAUGCACCAGGUAACUCCACUCUCUCUCUCACUUAUUUACAGAUCUGGUCUCUCAUUGCAUUGCUUGCAUUUCCUCAAAUUAAGUGGCUCCUAAAGUGGGAUUAGAGGUCCAGAAACCCUGAAAAGCUUUGUCUUAUCAUUGGCAGAGGAAGACUAUUUUAAAUGAUUGUUUCCACUCACAAUGAAUUCUCCUCAGCCUGUGAAACCAUUUGUAUAAUGUAUUGUGUGGCUCUGAAGGAAGCUUUCCAAAGUUGAGUAGAAGUAGGAAAUAAAUACUCAAAAUCAAUCUCUGCCUUUGUGAGCAACACUAAAUUGCUGGAGUACCAGUAACACAAAAUCUAAUGGAUGGACAGAGUAACAGAUACGCCUGAAGUCCAAUCCAAUAGCCCUACAAUACCUUUCGUAACAAUUAUAUUUCGACUGUGUUUUGUAGUAGUUGUACUGGACAAAUCCAACACGUGUGAUAGGUCUUUACUGUGCAGCACAUGUACAGAGACAAUUUUAAAACAGUGGUGCAUGAUUUUUCUAACUGUGCUCAAAUCAUGUUAACACAAUUGCUAUAAUGCAUGUACCAAUCACAUCUCUGAAAAGAAGCCCUCAUAUUUCCUGCCAAAGGUGUUUUGUGACAGAUAAUUAUUAGACAUGGGGUCUGAACUUUACUGCUGAAAUCAAAGUGUUGAGCUGAUCCAGGUACAAAGCUUAGUAUUCAGCUCAGUUACAUCAUACUGUGUUCAGUGGGGUGAGUAGAAAACGAUUAUGGCUGAGAUGAUCAAAAGCUGAAAAGGUUGUGGUAAAUAAUAAAGGCUGGAUGAGACAAUCGGCCCACAAAUUCAAAUGAGUAAUUUCCUCUUUGCUCAGCAGAUGGUGCUAGCGUCUUAAAAACAGUUUGUGUACAGAAGUCCAAUACAGGCCCUUAAGUUGUGCCGUCUACUUUUCUCAGUCUUAUGGCGAAGGCUUUCUAUUAAGUGAAGAAAUACAGUACAGUGUUUGAAACAAUGUAAACAAUGAAAAUAAAAAAAAAAUAUUUUUCAUAUAGCAUGCAACUGAACACUUUGAAGAUUACAGUUUGAAAUAGCUUGUUACGUUUCCAGUUUACUGGCAGUUCCAGUGGUUUUCUUGAUGAAGCUUUUUACUCCAAGUGAAAAUGAAUUCUCCUCUAUUGUACUAUAAUGUAACACAGCCUGUUUCUGUCAAAGGGUAUGUGAGCUACAGUAUGGAGCAAUUGUUGUAAUUUGUAUAUGUGGAUGUAUGGAAUAUUUUUAUAUUUGUCACAGUGUCUUGUAUGAUUACCAGCCUGCUCUAAAUGUGAAGUUAAAGAAUCCCAUCUGUGUUCAGUUAUUGUGACAUACGGAUAACAUGCAACAGCAAAUAAUUGGUUAAUGACCUUCAUUAAGGUAAUAAAAGGCUGGCUUUGAAAUUACAAAGAAGGGGAGUCCCGCAAAUCAAAAACAUAGAUGGUUUAAUUUCCCAGAGAUCCUUUGUACUCUCAUAAAUAGGCCACACAUCAUUUAUGGUGACAUACAUAGCACACCCGACGUGUGAAUCACUGGCAUUUAUUUAACAGAAGCAGACAAUAACUGCAUUGUAUGGGAUCCGAUAAUGAAAGAAAAAAAUUUAGUUUUUUUGUUUUUUUUAAUGGGACCAGGAAUUUGAAUGUUAACUGAAGUGAUAAUGAAAACAUGACAACCUUUGUUUUGACAAAAACAAACCGUUUUGCUUUUCAGUUUGUACUGAUUUUGACAUCACUUUAUUGUUUACCAGAGCUGUAUUUGACAUUGCAUUAUCAAUGGAAUAUGAAUCAUUUAACAUUCUUUAAACGUGUAUUUUUUUUUUUCAAUGUACGGCACAGUGGUAUGGAUGGUUGUGGAUUUGUAACUACCCCCUUUUUUUCUUUAUCGUAACCAUCGCGCAGCAGUAAUUCCCGUCAACUUUCUGUAACCCUUGGCCUCAAUUCAGCUGAUCUUGCUUCCACUGUUUAUGUACAAUACCUUUUUUGGUACAGUUGAAAGAAUUCCUAGUUUCUGUCUGUUCGUGUAACACAGUGUAACUCAACAAUUUCAGUGGCUAACAAAUAAAAUUAUUAUUCUUUA